GCUACCCUCGCCUACAAGUCUCCGACAUGUCAGCCCAGGGCGCGAUCAUUAGUCAACGCUCAUCCACACAGAUACCACACAGUCCAGCAAUGAAGAUCAUGAUGUUUUCAGUGAGUUUAGUAUGGGUAUCGACAUGAACAAGGACGGCAGAGUCGGCUGCUCUUACUACGUAGCCACCGAAGGAGCCUUGUUUAUCGAGGAAGACAUAUCCAUGGGCGGAAUCGAGGCUGUCGAGACAAUUCUACUUCGCUUUCUUGAGCGAGGCGCACAGCGGCUUGAAAGUGACGAAGCGUCCGACAAUAAGCAAGGGUUACACAUUUUGCGACACCUUGGAUCUGCGGAAUUUGAUUAUGAUGCAGGGAAGGUGAUAUUGGCAAAAGUAGAUCUUGGCCCGAACCUUCCAGAUUUCUUAGAGGUAGAAUCAACAGCGGAGCACUCGGCAAACUAUGUUAGCUCUCCCGAUCACAGCAAACUCAUGCGUCUAGCGAAGACCAUCAACCUCGAGAGUCACCUCUCCAUUGGGUGUGCCAGGGCAGUUGUGACCGAUCUCAACCGUCGUAUGUCCAUAGAAUCUCUGGAUACCGACGCCGAGAGGCCCCUUGCGUUUCAGAUAAGGUCGACGAAGAUGAGCACGCCUGCAGAUACGAUGCUCAUUAUACGAUCCGAGCUCCAUCCCAACCCACAGAUACAAUGCUCUAACCGCUCGCAACCAAAACUCAAGGAGUGGCAAAGCAAAGCGCGUCAGAUGCUUUUUCGGCCGAGUACAGAUGUCAAACUCAUACAUGAGCGGCAGAGGGCUAUCGCGACUUUUCUGCGUGUCGAGAACCGUGAAGCUCUGCGGGGCAUACGAAAGCAUCUGAGAAAGAUCGAGAACACCAAAACCCUCCUGCUUCACGUGAGAAAGGGUGUAGACCGAAUGAGAGGCCAGUUAUCCCUGCAAACAGGAGAUUGGAAGAUAUUACUGCGCUUCGCAAUGGCCUCCACUCAGCUCAGAGAAUACGUGUCUUCGCUCCUGGGAUCAUCUGAUAUCGACUCGAUUUCGAAGAUAAGAAGCAGCAUCGACCCUCGAAUAUUUCUAUCCAUUGGCGAAACGAUUCUGAAAACAAUCAAUUUCAAGCUAUCGAUGGAGACAGGCCGCACUGAGAUUCUCACAGGUGCAAGUGAUAAUUUGGACGAGCUGAGGCGAGAAUUUGCCCACGUGUGCCAAAUCCUUCCUAAAAUAAAAGGCGAACUCCUGAGAGACGUUCCCGAGUGGGUAACUGAGCAUAUCCACCAUUGCACCGUCAUUCCACAGCUAGGAUUUCUCGUCGCAGUAACGUUCAAUCCUGAGAUCGGGGAAGGCGUGUAUAGUGGGCAAGACCUAGCCGGAGAUGCCUGGCACAUAAGCUUCAUUAGUGAAGACCUUGUUUACUACAAGACUUCUACUAUGGCCAAUCUCGACCUCCAGCACGGAGAUCUCUCUGCAAGAAUUGCUGACGAAGAAAUCCGUGUUGCCAUAGAACUUGCGGCAGUAGCCUCAGAGCUCUUUGGGGAUUUUGAUAGUCUGCUCUCUCUUGCUUCCGCCGCGGAGAAAGCUUGUCUCCUCAUCGUGCACCUGGCCCAUAUGGGAAGCUAUGUACCUACUACACGAGCUACGAUUGGGAUAACGGAUCGGAUUUUGACUCGGAUUGCUACCCGAGAGACCGUCGUGGAUGAUGAAAGUACCUCCUUGGUAGACUUGAAGCAGGCGGCUUUCUCAAUGAAAUUUGCUACUCGCCGGAGUCUGCUCCUGAUUGACGAGUUUGGCAAAGGUACCACUAUGGAAGCCGGCGCCGCCCUCUUUGCAGCUUAUCUCAUCCAUUUCCUUGAUCUCGACAUGGAAAAUCUAAAGGUGCUUGUCAGUACCUACUUCCACGAAAUAUUCGAGCACGGCUUUAUAGGGCCCAGGGACGGUGUGGCAUUUGCCCACAUGGAGGUUCGGCUUAACCCCGAGGCUCAAGAUGCAGAGGACCAACUCACGUUUCUGUUUAAGCUCCUCGAGGGUCGAGACGAGCGCAGCCUUGGGGUAUUGUGUGCGGCUAUUAAUGAUAUUCCGAGCGACGUCAUUGAAAGAGCCGAUUACAUCGUGAGCCUACAGGAGAGCAACGAGGACCUCGUGGAAGCAUACGAGAAUUCACGAGAAGGACAGAGUGCCAACCUAGCUUUGCGAGCUGGUCAGGAUGCCAUGGGUGGCCUGCAUUCGAUGGCUAAGAUAAUCGAGGGAACAAAAGCAGGAUGGUUGUGA